GAAUACGUUAAAAUACUGCAAGAAAUGAUUCUUGAUGAUGACUUUAUAGUCAUAAAAUUUUUCAGGAGAAUUGAUUGCGCAUUUUCUCAAAAGGAUCAGGCAAAAGAAUGUUUUCGAGAGGCAUUAAAAAUCCUUGCCUCAAAGGAUGAUGAGUACUCGCGAAAGGCUAAAAACCUUCUAGGUAACUUUGAUAAUUACACGAACUCCUAUUCUGUAAGGCAAUAUUGGGACGGCCUCAAAAUACGUGAAGAACGAGACAAAACACGCACUGAUCAAUUUCUUUUAGAAGAAAAAAAGGAACAACAUCUUUGUCUCAUUGACUCUAAUGUGAUUACCGAGCAUAACCAAUCAAGCAAUCGAUUAACAUUAGAAUCAUCAGAAUCAUCAGAAUCAGACGUAUCAGCCACGUCCAAACAAAAUCGGUAUACUUUGAGGCGAAAAAGAAGCCUAGAUAUUGAUGAAGAACAAAUUAUGAAAAAGGUUAAUCGUGGUUAUGACACUACACCAUGCCCACGUAGUCCAGAUUCGUAUCUUCCAAUAAACAAUUCCGGCAACGAUGAACCUGUUGAUAUUAUCGUAAUCUCUGAUGAUGAACCUACUGACGAUAAAGCUACUAACGAUGAAGCUACUGACGAUGAAGCUAUUGAUGAUAAAGCUAAAGAUUACAGGAUAAGUUUUAAUUUUGACGAGCUUGAAAGACAAUUGGGAAUAGAAAGCAAAGAUCAAAGGCAUGUCAAUAGUCUGGCGAGAGAUUAUAAAGGUCGACCACGGUCAUCAGAACCAGUAAAGAAAGAUAAAUUUAUUAGAGAUCUACCUGAUUCUCCUCAAUUGAAACGGCUAUUAAAAUGA